GAUGUUUACGUCCCCUUCAUUUUCAGGGGUCAAUAAACAUGGCUGACAAAAGUGGUUUGUCCUCGGCCCAGGUUAAAAUAGGGCAUUAUAUAUUAGGUGACACGUUAGGUGUCGGAACCUUUGGUAAAGUUAAAAUUGCCACCCACCAGAUGACUGGGCACAAGGUGGCUGUGAAAAUCUUAAACAGGCAGAAAAUUAAAAAUCUCGAUGUUGUUGGAAAAAUCAGGAGAGAGAUCCAGAAUCUCAAGUUGUUUCGUCAUCCUCACAUAAUUAAACUGUAUCAGGUGAUUUCAACACCUACUGACAUCUUUAUGGUGAUGGAACAUGUUGCAGGAGGCGAACUCUUUGAUUACAUUGUCAAGCAUGGAAGGCUAAAGGAACCAGAAGCUCGCCGCUUCUUCCAGCAGAUCAUCUCAGGUGUGGACUACUGCCACAGACAUAUGGUGGUCCACAGGGAUCUCAAACCUGAGAACUUGCUGCUAGACUCCAGCAAUAAUGUCAAAAUUGCUGAUUUUGGUCUAUCCAACAUGAUGACUGAUGGAGAGUUCCUGCGAACUAGUUGUGGCUCCCCAAACUACGCUGCACCUGAGGUCAUCUCUGGAAAGCUGUAUGCAGGGCCAGAGGUGGACAUAUGGAGCUGCGGUGUUAUUCUCUACGCUCUCCUGUGUGGCACGCUACCAUUUGAUGAUGAGCAUGUUCCAACAUUAUUCAGGAAAAUCAAAUCUGGAAUCUUUGCUAUCCCAGAGUACCUGAACAAGGAAGUGGUGAGCCUCUUGUGUCACAUGCUGCAGGUUGAUCCUGUCAAACGUGCCACCAUUAAAGAAAUCAGAGAAACAGAGUGGUUUAAAAACAGCUUGCCUGAGUAUUUGUUUCCCAGCUCUGCUGAUCAAGAUGCUUCCAUUGUUAACACAGACAUUGUCAGGGAGAUCUGUGAGAAAUUUAAUGUUGAGGACAACGAGGUCCACAGAGCUCUGCUCAAUGACAACCCACAUGACCAGCUGUACAUUGCCUAUCAUCUGAUCCUGGACAAUCAGCUGAUGCAUGAGAAAGUGUCCAGUGAAUAUCAGGACUUUUUUCUGGCAUCCAGCCCACCCCCUGAAGCUUUCAGCUUGGCAUCAAGUCCACUAAGGCCUCACCCUGAGCGCAUGCCAGAACUAAAGAACACCAGUCACACUCUGGACCCAGUCAUUGAAAACAAGAACAGUGGCCACGCUAAGAAGGCCAAGUGGCACUUGGGUAUACGUUCCCAGAGCAAGCCCCAAGACAUCAUGCAUGAGGUGUACAGGGCCAUGAAAACAUUGGACUAUGUAAGUUUUUUUACUGCUGGAUUCAUGCAUGAGGUGUACAGAGCCAUGAAAACAUUGGACUAUGAAUGGAAAGUCAUCAACCAAUGGCAUGUGAGAGUUAGGAGAAAGAACCAGGUCACACAAAAAUUUACGCGCCUGAGCCUGCAGCUGUACCAGGUGGACCAGAAGAGCUUCCUGCUGGACUUCAAGAGUCUGAACAACUGCAGCGACCCCCAGGAGAUGAGCCCCACAUCCUUCACCACCAGCCCCUCCAGCUCAGCAUCCCUGCUGUCCAUUGAUGACCGCAUGGAGACAGAUGAGGACAGUGGUGGCCAGACCCAUCAGACCCUCGAGUUCUUUGAGAUGUGCGCCAACCUCAUCUGUGCCCUAGCACGCUAGACAUGUCCAUCUUGCUAGCUAGCUGGAUGCUUGUUCAGAUAUGACAUGUUCAUGUUGCUGGCUAGCUAGCUGGCUGUUUGUUCAGAUUUGACUUGUUCAUCUUGCUGGCUAGCUGGCUGUUUGUUCAGAUAUGACUUGUUCAUCUUGCUAGCUAGCUGGCUGUUUGUUCAGAUAUGACUUGUUCAUGUUGCUGGCUAGCUAGUGUAUGGUUCACAAAUGUGAUGGUUAGCUGGUUAUUUUUCUGUUAGUUAUGAUAGACAAGAUUAUAUAACUGGCUUAAUCAUUUUUCAUUGUCCUUAUGAAGGAACAAUCAAAUAUUGUGUCAAGUUCGGUCUGAAUGUCAAAGUUGGUACAUAUAUAACAUUGAAAGACUGAAUGCCAUUGUUGGCAUAUAUAUAACAUUGAAAGACUGAAUGUCAUAGUUAAUACAUAUGUAAGAUUGAAAGACUGAAUGUCAUAGUUAAUACAUAUGUAAGAUUGAAAGACUGAAUGUCAUAGUUGGUACAUAGUUUAUAUCUUGCAGUAAGUCAGACACCUUUUCUCCCUAUUUCCUGGCUCUAGAAUCAUGAACUUCCAUAUCUCUUGAUAUCUUACAAUGUAAUCCUUAAUCAGAAUUUUACACUUUCUCAUUAAUAGGUUAUAUUUUUUUUAAUGGAAAGAGUGCAUUGUUGAUCCUGUUUUGUUAAUGUAAAAACAAAAUGAUUUUGCCUUUUGCGUGUUUAUUCUGUGUGUUAUACCUUCAAAUUACGGCCAGUGGUUGUUAUUACUUUUUGUUUCAUUGGGUUUUUUUUGUGUAAGAAAAGAAAGUAGAAGUGGUCAAAGAUCUUUGAAAGCAAAAAAUUGUUUAAAUUGUCUGAAGUCCCAAAAAAAAAAUAUUUAAAGGCUUGAAAGCAAAAUGGAUCUCGAUUGCCAAUGUGUAAAAUAGUGCAUUUACCUUUUGACUUGCUCUCCCCCAUUUUGCUACUAACUGAAACCUUAUGGACAAGAUAGUCUAUUUAUUUGCUUUGUGAUAGUUAGAUUUCUAUAUAUAUAUUUAUUAGUUUGUGGAUUGUAAGUACUUUAAAUUGCCCAACCUGGAUGGAAAUAAUGUGCCAAGUGGUUUGGACUACUUCCAGUGCUGAGUGCAACAAAUAAAAAUCUGGUAGUCUUAGUUGAAUUCAUGUUUUUCACACUAACCGUUCUCCCAUGUCAUGUACAUCUUUGUAAAUACAUCUUUUAUCAAGCUUUGUGAAGACUAGGUUGGACAAGUGGCUGCUAUGGUAUGUGUGCAGCUUUAUGGUGCUCGCAUGGUGUGUAUGGCAUCAGUUCUAUGGUAUGUCUGUACUUGAUUUUGUGAGGGUUUUUUUUUAUGGGAACAGCUGGUAGACUGAUGAAUAAUUCUAGAUGAAAUAACUUGUUAAAAUUAAUUCCUAAGUUCCUUUUGUUUUAUAUUUUCUUCUACUUUUUGAGUGGACAUGGCAAAGAAACUUAACCUUGUUAGAAGUGGUGAAUGCUAUCUAACCAAAGUGAAUCAUUUCUAUGCAUUUGUGCUCUGUGUCUGUAUCCAUGUGACUUGUGUGUUUGCUAACAUUUGUUAACUCACAACAGUCAAAUGUAUUAGUGUUAUGUCAACAUGUUUUAUUAAACUUACUGUCAGUGGAUUUCUGCCAUUUAUUUAGCAGAAACUGUUCUGUUCAAACUGCUCUGCUGCUACUGAUUAGCUGAGACUUGUUUGAACUUUUUUUGUCUGCACAUAGACAUUUACUUAUCUGUCAGUGAGAGAACAUUAAAAACAAAAGGCUCAA